GGUACUGACAAUGAAACUGUGAUGAGAUCCAGCAGGAAGCGCAGCAUCCCGCAUCACACAGAGAAGGAUGCAGGCAACCAUGUCUAAAAACACACAGGCAUAUAUCCAUACGGCUGACGAGCUGGAAAAAGCGAUGUAGCUUUGAAGAUGCCAUCUUUCCUCGUCUCUCGUUUUCUCCUCUUUCUCUUUUUGUCCAAUAUUAAAGGUAUAGCUGGUAAAUCCAUCCCUGACAGCGGAGCUCUCGAGGUGCAGGUGAGAGUUCAGGUGUUUGAUGGUGGUGAUCUUUCGCCUCUGUCCAACGCUGUUAUUGCCGUUCACGGUAACCAGAGUGUGUUGGCACAAAGCAAAGCAGGCAGUGAUGGAGUGCAGGUUGUCAGCUUCCUGUACCGCACAGGAACAUGGGUAAUCAUUACCGCAUCUCAAAAGGAUUACCUCACCAGCUCAGUGCCAUGGCACGCCAGCCGUUUACCCUUGUAUGCCUCUGUAAGUCUUUACCUGAUGGCUCAGAAACCUGGCACACUGAUCCUUUAUGAUGAUGUCAUCCAGGUGUUUCAUGGCUCCCCAAGUGGGCGGAGUCAGCCACGGUUGCAGGUUCCAAGGCGGAGUCUACAGUUUAACUCCUCCUACACAGAACUUACAGGGGUUUUAACAACAGCCAGAGAGCAGCAUGAUAUUAGCUCGUUCCCUUAUCCGCUCGCCCUGGAGCCAAACACCACAGGAGGGGAAAACAGCUGGACAGACCUGACACCCGUAGCUGCCGUCAGCGCACAGCUGUUUGACCGCGAGAGUCGAGCGGUCGAGGUCAGCGAACCCGUUCACAUCUCUGUUCCUCUGCCCACCGAUUCCCACAUACGUUCUGCCACCAGUGUUCCUGUUUGGAUGUACGACACCAAGACAGGAUUAUGGGUAAGAAAUGGAACCGGAUUUAUCACCCGAGAGGGAUCGCACCUGUCGCUGGACUUUACCGCAUCGCAGCUCGGAUACUGGAUGGCUGCCUUUCGCUCUUCAGCAGGCUCAAGUUUGUAUCAUCCGGGCCUCAGGGACAUCACAGCAUACCACACUUUCUUCCUGCUGUCCAUCCUUGGAUCUCUGGCUCUGCUUGUGUUAGUUUUGCUCUGUGUUCUUCUUUACUAUUGCAGACGGCGAUGCUUAAAACCACGACGUCAACAGAAACAAGUCCAAGCUCCAUCUGCUUUGAACGGCUCCAAGCGGGACCAAGGCACCUCCACGUCCCACUUGAACCUCAUCUGCGGUGGCCAUGCUGAAUCAGCCGCCUCUAUUGGAAAUCUAGACGCCAACAAAUCGGAAGCUUCGCCCUCUCACGCCUUCAAGAGCGCUCGGGAUGAGUUCACCAGACACAUUCCCGCCCAUAAACUCAGGCAUUCGAAGAACAAACAGUCUAAGGGUGCUCAGCGAAAUGUGGAGAGCUUUCCCAUGAAGGUCCACCGAUCCACUGAGACGAGCAGCCAGGACACCAACCUCCUACACGACGACUACGGACGUAACUACAACCCUGACGACAAAGACCACGAUUACCGCCGAAGGCAUGUCGUCAACGAUAACCGUGGCUAUACGUCUGACCCGCCGUCUCCACCAAUCGCAGACAAGCCGCCAGAAUAUUCGCAGGUUUUGCAAGGGCCGGAUCACCUCGCUCGUCCAACAUCCCUAAACACGCAACCGGGCCAGAUUAUAUUCUGCAGUUCGCUAGAUCAGAUGAAGGAGAAUAUGUAUCGUUCCAUGGUACCUACUCUCGUCAUCCCCGCCCACUACAUGAGGCUGUCGUCCGAGUUUAGCGGCGCCGACCAAGGUAAGGACGGACAGAACCAGAACGAAAGAGAUGGACUGAAUUCACAAGGUACCAACGGUGGUGCUCAGAAUCAAGGUCACCAAAGCCAAACGCCCGGCCACGGGGACGGCCAACAGUGUACCUCUCCAGAUGGCUCAGAUGAAAGCGUUUGGAAUCCCGGUGGUACACCAGGACCUGUUCACAUCCCCGUUCUGUUUAAUGACUCCACCAUCUCGCAGAUGAACGGGGAGCUGCAAGCACUAACCGAGAAGAAGCUUUUGGAGCUGGGGGUGAAGCAGCACCCUCGCGCCUGGUUCAUAUCUCUCGACGGUCGCGCCAACGCUCACGUGCGCCACUCGUACAUCGACGUAGGAACUGAGCUCGCCCAAAGCGGUAACCACAGCGCCCAGAGCACGCUGAGCGCCCCUGCCAACAGCAGCAAAGACCGCAGCGUGGACAAGGGUCACAAAGACACCCAACACGACCGCAAACCAGCAUCCGGUCGCAAGAGCAAAGAGGAACACCACGGAGGGGGACGCAAAGGUCACGGAGGAAGCGGCUCCGGUGGGAAACACUACUCCAAACCUCUUUACCACGACUCACUUGAUUUAAGCGGAGGUGCCAGCCGCAUGGGCGCCAGCUCACCGCUGGAAAAUCCCCUGACACCUCUUCUAGACGACGGUCCGGAGGAGCCCAGAGGGUCAUCGAUACCUCGAAGGGGUCGCAGUCGCGGUAACAGCUCACGUAGCAGCAACAGCGAGACGCAGCGCGACUCUGUCACCAGCCCAGAAGAUGACAACGACCCCGAUGAUAAAGAUGAGAACAAAAAGAGUCCGUGGCAACGCAUCGAAGAGCGCCCGCUAAUGGUGUUUCAUCCCAAGAAGUGACAAAGGAAAUAAUAAAUCCCAGCAGAUGCCUUGACCAGUUAUAGACAAACUAGAGAUGUGUUCAAAUUGAUUUUAAAAGUUUUACUCAAACUUUAUUAUAUUUCAAAAUGUAACUUAAAACUGUCACUAUGUCAGCAGGUGUUUACUAAUCAAUUUGAAUGCAUCUCAGGGGUCGAAACACAAAUUGGGGGCAUCACACUUUUACAAAGUGUGUUCAUUAAAAAGGAGGAUUACAUUUAAUCAACAGCUGAACAGCGAGUGUGUUAAAAUAAAGCACAACACGACAUCUAAAAAAAUGGUGUUUUACAUAUAACCACCGCUUUACAUUCAAUGGCUUUGAAACUUUUUAAAUGGAUGGAGAUAUACAUAUAUAUCUUCAAUGUAUUUAUUUCGAAUGGAUGAGGAUCUUUCUGUUCUCUAGAUCUUUAGAGACCUCCUUUUUCCUUAUUUCCUAAUAAUGCAGUAUAAUCUUCCCACUUUCUCUCUUUUGACUUUGAUAUUUAUUAUUUUUAUGUCAAUUCUUUUUAUACUAAUACUAUAUGUUAUGUGCAUUGUAAAUCUGAAAUGUUUAGUUCAGAUUUCAAACAUUCCAGAUGAUUUACCGUAGCCCUUAAUUGUUUCAAUUAGAUUAACACAAUUUCAUGUUGAUGUUAGAUGUGAUUUUAUAGCCUAUAUCAGUUUUCAUAAGCCAUUAGAUAAUUAUGACCUUGCCAUGUAAAAACCGAGCUAAAGGCGUUUUUUAUUUACUGUUUUGUACAUAAAAUCAUCCUACAUUAUGUAAGGAACAUGCUGUGAAAAUAUAAUCUUGAUAUCUUUAAUAUUGACUUGAAAUCAAACUUUGAUGCUCCAAAUCAUUUGUUUAUGAGACUUUAGCCUGGAUUUUACUAAUAGGGUCAUAACUAUGCAUUUAUUUAAUUAUUGCAUUAUAACAUUUUUAUUUGUUUUAUGUGCACCACAUGCACUAUUUUUGACAGUUUUUGAUUCUACUCUUUGAUGAUGAAACAGGGCUAAAUUUAGCACAUGUUGUGCCAAAGUGCAAAGUUGUAUACAAAAUCUGAUUCCAAAUUAACAUCACAAUUUAUUUAAUUGAACCCUGUAUAGUGACUAUAUCAAACAUGAAUGUACAAUUCAAAGUCUCCCAGACAGUUUCAGUUCAAUACAACUAGUUUUAUUGCUUAGAAUUUACAACUACAUUGACUAUGGAGUGUUUUUCUAUUUAGAGGGUGAAAAUCAUUUUGUGUAUAUGUAUGAUAGCAUUUAUGUGCAUGAGAUACAGUAACUAGAAUAGGAUGAGAGAUUUUUUAAUGCCCACAAACUGAAGUAGACACUAUUCAUGCAUGGCGAUGGAUGCAUCUCAUUUUGAUGCUUAAUGGAGAGAAAUUUGCCAAAAUGAUACCAUUUUACAGGCCGGGAUUUGGCGAAUGCACAUCGUCACAAUUCUUCCAGCUCGGAUUGGAUUCACACAGGCUGUAGCUUGCAAAGACUGUGAAAAUGGGAGCGUUUUUUAAUAAGCCAUUCAUAAAUUAAAUGCAUUGUUUACUAUAAUCAAAACACGUCAAGCACAUUUUAUGAAUUAUUAAAGACAGAUUUACAGGGUACCAAAUGCUGCAUGAGGGCUGAUCCUAUUAAAAACACCAUCAAACCCAAAAAAUUACUGAAAUGUCUUCUCAUGCUCACCAGGUGCCAAUCACAUGAGAUGCAAUGACUGUCACAACAUUGCAACAUGCUGGAUGUGUAUCACUUGUUUUGUAAGAAUUUUUGAAAGCAACUAUAUGAGCCAGCCAACAUCUACAAUAACUAACUGGCACUGAGAUUAACAGAUUAUCCAAAUACUACAAAUCUAGACUAAGCUGUAGCUGUAGAGGAUUUCAGUUGUAUGUUAUAUGGGUGCAAAACACUUAUAAACCUCAAGAUAAUUCUUGAGCAGUCUUAAAAAUGUAUAAAACAUAAUUUCACUCUUUUUAAAGCGAAGCUCACAGUCAGUCACGAGACAAAGACAUGAAAUCAAAGCCAUUCUCUUUCUCUGUUUAAAGUUUGCUCAAACCUGUGGAUAACUUCCAUAGGAAAUCUCUAUAUGCCUUUGUCAAUGUACGUUUAUCACGUGACGUGGUGCUCUAUGAACACAUUUUCCUCUGUACCGUGUAAAUAUUUCUCGCUUUAGCUCAAUAUGAAUAUGAAAGACACUAUUAUAGAUGUCGCUUCCAUUGUGCACAAUAGCUUUCGUAAUGAACUUUUGCAAUUUUAUAAUUUGUUCAUGAAAAGUCACAUGUGAAACGGGUGGAAAACAGAUUGUGUCACUUCUGAAGUGUCAGAAAGUCAUGUGCUGUUAAAUAAAAGGAAAUUGCAUUUCUUGUGUUUUUUUUUUCUUUUGCUUCUGUUUUCAUAUAAAACACAAAUGAGCGUUUAGCAAUCAUGGAUUUUUCAAACUUGAAAUAUCCCAAACAGAUUCAUGUAAACAUGCUUGUAUUGUUUUGUAUGACUGUUAUGUUCAGAAAUGAGAACUGUCUACAGUACAGUGUGUUUCAGUUCAUCUUUAAGGUCAUUUUUGUUUAACAAACUCAUACCUGCCACAAUAACAGAGCAGGUCAAGGUCAGAUUUAUGUGAAAACUGCAUCAAUGUGUUGUUUGAUAGAAAAAAAAGUUCCAUAUUCUUUCUUCCAAAUGAAAAUAAACUUGUUUACAGAGUAACAUUUCAUUA